AUGUCGGACAACAAGUCCUCUUUUCACCCGGCUCUUGCCGUCUCAAAUAUCAAAAACCACGUUCCCAUUAUGCUUGAAAUGGAAAACGUUCAAUACUCUACGUGGGCGGAACUUUUCAAGAUUCACGCACGAUCUCACAAGGUUCUUAAUCAUAUCAUUCCUCCGAAAGCCAGUCAGAGGACGAUUCCUUCUACUGAUGCAGAAAAGGAACUAUGGUCAACCUUGGAUGCCACGGUUCUUUCGUGGAUUUAUUCUACCAUUUCUAACGACCUAUUGCACACCAUUAUCGAGCCCGAUUCAAUGGCUAUGGAAGCUUGGGAUAGAUUGCGUGAUAUAUUCCAAGAUAAUCAACAUUCCCGUGCCGUUGCCCUUGAACAAGACUUCACCACUAUCUUCCUAGAAUAUUGCUUAAUUAUUAGCCUUCAUGAUGGCAUGUACAUUGUAUAUAUUUGGCUCUUCCCUUUGUGA